GGAGCUGUGUGUUUUGUCCUUCAUUCCUUGCCCUCAUCUGACUCCUCUUUGCUCACUUAUUCCUCCCGGCCUAUCUGCUUUCAUCGCCCUCUCUUAGGAUUCAGUGGGUGGGGCCUGGAGUCUGCUUUGCAUAAAUUCUGUAGUACUGGGGAAGUGGGGAAGGUGGAAGAGGUUGUGGAGAAAUUUAUGCAAGACCGAGUAAGGAUGAAUGGCUCCACCAACACUUACCAUUUCCUCCUGGCACAAGAUGCCUUGUUCUCAGGGGCCUAGCAUGUUGUCGGGUAUUGCAAGAAGGAAUGGAACUGGAAAAAAGAAGAUUCGUGCCAGAAACAAAAUAGCUUUCCUUUCCUAUUGUAGCUGUUUCCUCUGGGACUAUAAACUCUCUGCAUUCAGGUUCUGCAGCAUUCCAGAUCGCGAACACCAAAUCAGGAUGGGAAAAAGACGUUGUGUUCCUCCCCUUGAGCCCAAGUUGGCAGCAGGCUGUUGUGGGGUCAAGAAGCCCAAACUAUCUGGAAGUGGAACACACAGUCACGGGAACCAGUCCACAACUGUUCCUGGCUCUAGUUCAGGACCUCUUCAAAACCACCAGCAUGUGGACAGCAGCAGUGGUCGGGAAAAUGGAUCGGACUUAACUCUGGGACCUGGAAACUCUCCUAUCACACGAAUGAAUCCUGCAUCUGGAGCCCUGAGCCCUCUUCCCCGGCCUAAUGGAACUGCCAAUACCACUAAGAAUCUGGUUGUGACUGCAGAAAUGUGCUGCUACUGUUUUGAUGUACUCUACUGUCACCUCUAUGGCUUCCCACAGCCACGACUUCCUAGAUUCACCAAUGACCCCUAUCCCCUCUUUGUGACCUGGAAGACAGGGCGAGACAAGCGGCUUCGUGGCUGCAUUGGGACCUUCUCAGCCAUGAAUCUUCAUUCAGGACUCAGGGAAUACACGCUAACCAGUGCACUUAAGGACAGCCGAUUUCCCCCCCUGACCCGAGAGGAGCUGCCCAAACUUUUCUGUUCUGUCUCCCUCCUUACUAACUUUGAAGAUGCCAGUGAUUACCUGGACUGGGAGGUAGGGGUCCAUGGGAUUCGGAUUGAAUUCAUCAAUGAAAAAGGCAUCAAACGCACAGCCACAUAUUUACCUGAGGUUGCUAAGGAACAAGACUGGGAUCAGAUCCAGACAAUAGACUCCUUGCUCAGGAAAGGUGGCUUUAAGGCUCAAAUUACCAGUGAAUUCAGAAAAUCAAUCAAACUCACCAGAGCAAAGCCAAAGUGCUAUGAAUUCUGUUCUGAUGACCCUGUGAUAUGGCAUAUGCAUCUGGGGAUUGAAACCUUCCUAUAGCCAAGGAUCCAUUAACCUGCUUCAUCAGAAUUUGACCCAGAAUUAGGUAUCGAAGUGAGAAGGUGACAAUCAGUUAUGCGGAAUAUAUUGCUUCUCGGCAACACUGUUUCCAGAAUGGCACUCUUCAUGCCCCGCCCCUCUACAAUCAUUACUCCUGACACACGGCUACAUGACCAGUCCCACCCCCCUGUGGCCACCAAUGGCUAUGACAUCAUUGGAACAGAUGCCUCCUCUUCCUGGUCCAGUUACUUCUAUUACUGCACCAUUUUAUGAUGCUAGCUUCCGUUGCCAAGUCUGCCUCCUGUUGACUGGAGGGUGUGGGGUUACACUGACUGCAACAGAACAUGAGGGGCCCAAGCCUUAUAUCAGCCUUUCCUCAAUCUGGGGUUCUGUUGGAUCAGGGCCCCCUAAUAACAGUGACAAUGGCUGUAUGGGUUUAGAAGACCAUUAUCUGGUGAUUUCCCACAUGUGUGUUGGUUACACACUGAAAACUGGAAUUGAUGAUCCAUGGAGGCUUCCUUCCCAAUCCCCCACAGGCCACCAGACCAAUGAGUUAUACUCCCCUGGCAGUCUGGGCAACGGAGACCAACACGAACCACUUUUAGGUUGUUUUAAAUUCCUUUUUUUAAACUUCCAGUUUAUUGUGUACCAAGAGUUGAUCACAACCUCCAUGCUUCAUAAAUGAACACCAUGUAAGGGUUGAAUGUGGGCACCAUGAGCCCCUGUGAGUCCUGGGCAAGAGAACUGCACCAAGAUCAGAAGUCCUGCUGGAUGGCCUUGCACUGUGCAGGAAGCUUGAAGGUUUGGAAGCUUACCUGACUCUCAGCUGGACUUUGCGGUAUUCUUCCUACAUUGAAUCUCCUGGUGUUGAACAGAGCUCUGUGGCAUAGCCUGCUGAGGAAUGGAAUGGAGAUGCCCAUAGAGGUCCUGAUGUCAUCGUCAUAAGAAGGUGUGAAAGGAGAGAUCUCUUCCUCACCACCAGGCUACCUCAACCCUCUUCUGGUAGCAGUGCCUAUGUAGUUGCAUCUAGGUUCUCAGAAGCACAGACAUGCAAACAGGUGGUUGGGUUGGGCUUUAGGACACAUUGUCACAGGAGAGCUUCCAGGGUCUCUGAGCUGGUUUUCUUCACAGGCAAACAUCCUGAAGGUCCUUUAAGUAGGAGGGUUCUUUUUUUUUUCCCCAUUUGCCUGCAGAAGUGGAAAGACUUAAUGUCAGUCCUCGGUAGGACUCUAGAGCAAAUCUGUGUAAUAAAACAAGGUGAACCCUUAACUUGCCUACCACACUGGGACUUUCACCUCUCCAGUGUAAAUGUCAAUUGCUCGUGUUGCUCAUUUAAACCCUGACAUUCCCUUUCCCAUCUUUACUCAUUCCAAAAUAGCUGUCAGCAAAUUCUUUUCAUUCACUUGGUGGCAAAAUGCAUAGUACAAGGAGACUAGGGAGGUGCCCUGAAAGCUGUCUCAAAGGCACUGCUCAGGCAGCUCGAAGGAAGACGGCCAGCUCCUGAGGAUGGCGCGCUGGCAUUCAGCAGUGUCCAUAGAGAACUCAUGAGGCACAUGGAGCCUCGAGUCAGUGAAUAUGUUUUGAUUUCUUUUUCAGAAUUGAUGUGAUGGUGUGGCUUUCUAAAAUGGGCAAAUCUUCCAAGUCAAAAAGAUCAUCUGAGUUUCUUUCGCCAGGAAUGGAGGAAGGGAAGUAAGGGUGCUUCCUAUGUGAUUAUAGGCAUCACCCUCAGGUUCCUGGGAUGGUUUAAAAGGAGGCAGGGCAAUUGUGUCAGGUGUGAUCAAGGACCUGGAAUGGAUGAGGGAGGUGCUGAUUACAUUGGAAUGCCCAGGAUACAUGCCCCUUACUGCCAGGUGUGUUCCUUAACAUACAUAAAGAUGAAGGGGUCUCAUGGUUUCUUGCUGCUGAGGGUAAUGAAGGUGAUGUUAUAGACAAGUGUGACAGCAGGUGCUCUCAGGUGCCAUGGAUGGAUGUCAGGGUGAUCAGUUCUGGACUGAGCCACCCCCCUUCAAUUUGUACAACAGUAUUGGUACAUAGGGCUACACUCAUUACUGUUCAGGCGUUCUAUGUUAACAGUUGUGUUUAAUUUCUAAAGAUUUAAAGCAAAAUGCAAAAAAAAAAAAAUGGUGCUAAACUUCACCCCUGAGCACUCUCA